AUGGCGACUUCAUACGAGAACCUCCCGCUGGAGGAUGACGAGUUCGACGAGUCUCAGAUCGACUUCACCGACAUCGAAGAACAGUUCCAAGUGCGCCUUGACGAGGGUCUCGAUGCCUUUGUCGUUAUCGACGGCCUGCCUGUUGUCCCCGAGGACAGCAAGUCCAAGCUCGUCAAAUUCGUGUUGAGAAAGUUGAACAGCGUGGGGCGCGUCAAGGACGAUGGCGUGCACAUGCCCGUAGGCGAGGAUGGCAAGACUGAGGGCUAUGCCUUCGUUGAGUACAGCGCGCCCGCAGAGGCUAUCGCAGCUGUCAAGCAGCUCCACGGAACCCCGCUCGACAAGAAGCACAUCAUGGCCGUGAACAAGCUCACCGACAUCGACCGCUACGGAAAGGAAGGCCGCAUCGACGAGGAGUACCACGAGCCCGAGAUCGCGCCUUUCGAGCAGAAGGAGCACCUGAGGUGGUGGCUGGGAGACCCAGACAGCCGUGACCAGGUCGCCAUGUACCGCGGUGAGAAGGUCGGUGUCUUCUGGAAUGACCGGGAAGACCAGCCCGAGGUUGUUGUUGACCGUGAGAACUGGACCGAAUCCUUCAUCCAGUGGUCACCACAAGGGACAUACCUUACUUCAAUUCACGCACAAGGUGUGCAGCUUUGGGGUGGCAAGGCAUGGAGCAGGCAGAAGCGAUUCGCACAUCCCGGUGUCAACCUCGUCGACUACUCGCCUGGUGAGAACUACCUGACUACCUGGUCGCACCGCCCGCUGCAGGUCGAUGAGAACCACCCGGUCCCCUCCCUGUCAUUGGAGGACGACGGCAAGAACUACGUCAUCUGGGAUGUCGCGACUGGCAAGCCGCUGCGUUCGUUUGCUACAAUCGACGUUCCCAGCGGUAUUGAUGCCGAGGGCAAUCCCAUCAAGAAGAAGAUGCAGUGGCCGACAUUCAAGUGGUCAGCCGACGAGAAAUACGUUGCUCGUCUGACCCAGGGCCAGUCCAUCUCAGUCUACGAGCUGCCUAGGAUGAACCUGCUGGACAAGUCCUCCAUCAAGAUUGAGGGUGUUGUAGAUUUCGAGUGGGCUCCUGCUACUCCCAAGCGCGAUGGUGUCAAGACAUACGAGCAACUUUUCUGUUACUGGACUCCUGAGCUUGGCAGCAACCCCGCAAAGGUCGGUCUUAUGUCCAUUCCUUCAAAGGAGAUUGUUCGUACACGAAACCUCUUCAACGUGUCUGAUGCUAAGCUUCACUGGCAAUCUGAGGCUGCCUACGUUUGCGUCAAGGUUGAUCGUCACUCAAAGUCCAAGAAAUCUCUGGCCACAAACCUCGAGAUUUUCCGCGUUCGCGAAAAGGGUGUGCCCGUCGAGGUUGUCGACUCCAUCAAGGAUGCCGUCAUCAACUUCGCCUGGGAACCCAAGGGCAACCGUUUCGUUCUCAUCACCACUGGUGAGGUCGUUGUUCAGGCUGCUGUCCCCCCCAAGACUGCUGUCUCUUUCUUCGCCCCCGAGAAGCUCAAGGGCGGUGCUCCCGGUAACUUCCGCCACAUUCGCACUGUCGACAAGAAGAACAGCAACGCCAUUUACUGGUCGCCUAAGGGUCGAUUCGUUGUUGUCGCUGCUCUCCAGUCUCAACAGUCCUUCGACCUUGACUUCUGGGAUCUCAGCUUCGAGAAGCCAAAGGAUGAGGCCGAGAAGGGCGAGAAGGAGCUCAACGCCAACUUGCAGCUCAUGGAUACGGCUGAGCACUACGGUGUAACUGACAUCGAGUGGGACCCUACGGGCCGCUAUGUUGCCACUGUUGCUAGUGCUUUCCGUCACCGCAUGGAGAACGGCUACCACCUGUACGACUUCAAGGGUGCUCUUCUGCGUGAAGAGCACAUUGAUGGCUUUAAGCAGCUUCUGUGGCGUCCUCGUCCUCCUACACUUUUGUCCAAGGAGGAGCAGGCCGAGAUCCGCAAGAACCUUCGUAAUUACAGUAAGAUCUUCGACGAGCAGGAUGUUGCCAAGAAGAGCUCCGCCAACCGCGCCGUCGUCGAGGCUCGCAGGGAAACGCUCCAGGAAUGGAACCAGUGGCGUGAGGAGGUGCAGCAGAGGCUGCGUGAGGAGGGUGCUGAGCUUGAGAUCAGCGCUGGAAAGGGCGAGGUGCCUGGCGAUGCUGGCGAUGCCGAGACUGAGGAGAUUGAGGAAAUCGUCGAGGAGAUCAUUGAGGAGACUGAGGAGAUCAUCAAUUAG